AUGACCAGACUGCGAUUACCGGGGUCUUUCUUUCAGAUCUCUCGCUUGUCUUCCAUUCGCGCUCCACCUCUCCACUCCCGCACCGCAGCUCUACCAACACGCCCGCGCAACUGCUCAAAGAACUUCCUACAGACUUGUGCUACCAGCUACCACCUUCUCAUGCGUGUCCGCGAAUUCGAAUCGCAUUCCCCCGAGCCAGCGAGUAAGAAGCGACGCAUUUCAACCUCACCCCUCACGCGGGGUGCCUUGCGCGAAAUGCCACCAACCCACACCCACCCCACCAUCGAGCUCACCCCGAUCGAGAGCACCCUCCGAACCCUCCUCCUAGACGUUGCGCAGUACAUUCAGCAAAAUGGAUUACUCGAAGAAGGCAGCAAUGAGCUGAGAUACCCCGAAACCGUCUUGCGAUUCACAGGCGGUUGGGUUCGAGACAAACUGCUUGGGAUCGGCAGCAAUGAUAUCGACGUGGGGAUUAGCAGCAUGACUGGUAGCCAGUUCGGAAACGCCCUGAAGGAAUAUCUGGAUAUCCCAGAGAACCUUGAAAAAUACAAGAAGGGAUUGCCCAAUGGUGAAAUAAAUGAUGCCAUUGUUAGUAUCCACAAGAUCGAUGCCAACCCCGAAAAGUCAAAGCACCUGGAGACUGUGACAACCAAGAUCUUCGGGCUGGAUAUUGAUCUGGUCAACUUGCGCAAAGAGACAUAUACAGAUGACAGUCGCAAUCCCCAAAUGGAGUUCGGUACAGCGGUGGAAGAUGCCUUGCGACGAGAUGCCACGAUCAAUGCGAUGUUUUAUAACCUGAAUGAAUCCUGCUUAGAAGACUUGACAGAGCAAGGAUUGGAAGAUAUGAAGAAGAAGAUCAUACGCACACCAUUGGAACCAUAUCAAACAUUCAAGGAUGAUCCACUCCGUGUACUGCGCUUGAUCCGAUUCGCUAGUCGAUUGGAGUAUUCAAUCGACGAGGAGGCAGAGAUAGCUAUGCGAAACGAGGAUAUUAGCGAGGCAUUAAAGCUAAAGAUCAGCAAGGAACGCGUUGGAACUGAAUUGGAAAAGAUGCUGCGCGGUAAGUCUACCUCUGGAACUGUGUAUGUCUUUCCCUGUUUUCUAAUGGCAGCCGAAAUAUCGCACAGGGCCCCAUCCUCUUCACGCGCUUCAAUUCAUUGA